AUGAAGAGGACAAGAGGUGCUAGAUCAUCCUUAGAUCAUUUUAGGCAUACGUUGUCACCACCACCACCACCAACAACAACAACAAAAUUCAAGUCACACUUUGAAAUUAAGACGUAUCCUUAUUUUUUCGAGCCCCCCUUCAGUCAAGUUUGGCAGACCGCAAUUAUGCCACUCAUGGCAGGUCUCUACGUUCAUGCAAUGGCGGAUUGGCAUCAUCAAAGUUCAUCCGCGAUCGUCUUCACUACCGGCUCUCUCCCUCCCAACAGACACACGCGAGUGUAUGCGCGCAAGUUCUGUGCCGACAUGUGGCCCAGUGCCCAAAUGGCUACAUACCUUGGCCGAGAUUUUUGGCUGUCCACGCCCAAACCCAAGUGCAGCUGGGCGCCCUCACUUCAGUCUCUUAACGAGGCGCAGCGCCUCGUCCCCACGUCAGCUGUUGUGGAAGCGUCACCUACUCCGAAUUUCAUUCCGUCGGCCCCACCGACUGGGACUGUCCCUGAUUGGAGGCGGGUCCAGGUGAGUGGGGGAAAGGGGCGCAAGCACAAGCACAGGUACAGGUACAGGCAUAAACACAGGCCCAGACACAUACGCGAAGAGGAGCGGAGAGGGCCGAAGCGAAGUGGGAUUCCUGUCCGUGGAGCACGUAAACACGGUCAUCCACUUGUACCGCUUUGCGUGAAUUCUCCAAGCUUCCCGGAAUCAAUGGAUGUGUCUUUUGAUUGUGACAGCCUGAGAUGGGCCCAUGACAAGCUAUUAUGCGAGCUGCCUGCUGUUGCUGCAAUAGACGAUCGCCCCACUUGGGGUUGUCGGACCUGCCCACAACCGGCGAAACUGGCCGGCGAGCGGAUGGGUUGGGUGCACACAAAGAUGUCUCUGUGCUUCAGUCUCCGAUUCACUCAGCCCCAGAGGCCCAUUGCACACACCCUGUCGGUCCACUCGACCAACUCAAAUGCCGGAGUGGGGCGCCAUAGUUGCCAUAGUAGAACACAUGUCUUGUGA